AUGUCUUCCAUGUGCCACGCCAAAAAUACCAUGGAUUCUCCAAAACAUCUCGAAGACGCAAUCAGUUUGGCGAAAGGCAUGGGAAUGUUCGGCAUCGCCGACGAAGGUAUGGACGAAGACUGGCCAGACGGCGCUGCAGACAUGUCAUGGCGGAGGGCGUUGGCUCAAACUGCUUGGGGCAGCUUUGUAUACAUCACGAUACACUGCACACACAACCAAACAUGCAAAAUCGCAUAUCCGCCGAGGAUACCGAUUCCUGGGGGCGCGAACGAAACUGGGGAACCAGAAGACAAUCAGCGGCCUUCGGCUUUCGUGGGGCAGACGUUUUUGUCUCUCUGCAAGCUGGUUUUGAUUGCUCAUGACAUGAUUUGGAUGAAUUACGCUAGCAGCAGCUCAAAGACCACGGUCCAUUCAUUGGUCGAGUCGAUGGAGUUAAUCUACAGACGGUAUCUGGAAUGGGCAAACGAACUACCGCUGGAAUUAAUUCACAGUGGAGAGAGCCCCCAUCAUGUUCUCCUUUUACAUACCUAUUUCCACGCAUUUGUUCUGGAUUUGUUCCGCCCCUUGAUCCGACAUAACGACGCGAUGCGUAUUAGACUCGAGUCUUUUACCUCUCAGCAGGCUUCUCCAGAGGCCGUGUGUUGUGCCUCUGCCACCCAACUAAGAUGGAUAGCCAUCACCUACUUCCAAAACUGUGCUUCUGCAUCGCACAGCUUCAUAUGGAACACGGCAUUGCUCUACGUUGCUAAUGCGGCGCUCCGGGAACAACCCCACGCCAUCGACAGUUCCGAACGACGGUCCCACUUCCGAACCUGCAUCCUCGGCUAUCAGAAACUACAGCGAUGUUUCCGGCUUCCGCAAGGGAUCGUUCGUGGGCUAUUAUCUAUGGUCCUGCGGCAGGGGCUUAUGGCGUCUUCAGAGGCGCGGGCAAUUAUUAGGGAUACGGACGAAAAGGGAAAACACCAUCCGGUGUCAGAUCGAGUGUCGGCGCCCUUCGUUGUUGAUCUCGAUCUUUGCAUGGUGGACAGGGCGGCCGCGUUCGUCGACGAGCUGGCGGCCGAAUUUGACGAGCUGGCGAUUCUCAACGAGUUUACCAUGGUCACCUCUGCGAGGGAAGGCCCAGAGGUUUCGAGCGAGGCCGUUGCUUCGGAUGCCGAAGGUUGA